UAUAUGCAUAAGAAGUGGAUUUGAUAUUUUUUGUGAAUUAUAUAAGAAAAAAAAACCAUGAGGAAUGGACCCUAACAAUGUGAUCUCGAGAUUGAAGAAAAAUAAAAGUGUAAGAGUGUCGUGAAACAAUUUGAAUUAGUUUAAAAGGACAAUUAUUCGUUAAAUUAUUUUGUUAAUAUAAAAUGCAGACUAAAAUGGAACCUCUUACGCCACCGCAUACCCCUCCGUCGGUAGAAAGAUCGAUUCAACAUUUACAAAUGACAUCUACAGUAUCGUCAUCUGGUUGGAUUAGAUCUCAACAAAUUUCUGGAAGAUUUAUUCAUCAUCAUCAACAACAUCAACAACAACAGCAACAACAACAACAAAAUAUUGGUGGUUAUCAAGCAACUGCAUUUUUAGAUAGUUGGUUUAGGGGUGCAGCUUUGUUAGCAGUUAGAGGAUGUUGUCCACAAACUUCUCAACAUUUUCAUCAUCCUCAUCAUCAUCAUCAUCAUCAUUAUCCGCGUCAUCAUCAACAACAACAGCAACAACAACAACAUCAUCAAACUCAUCAAGGUUUACAUCCGGCGAUUCCAGUUCAACCGCCGGCUUCAUUCGUCACACGAAAAGUACCAGGACAAAGACCGAAGAAACAAUUCAUAUGCAGAUUUUGCACUCGACAUUUUACCAAAAGUUAUAAUUUAUUGAUACACGAGCGCACGCAUACAAACGAGAGACCUUAUGCCUGCGACAUUUGCGGAAAAGCAUUCCGUAGGCAAGAUCAUCUCAGAGAUCAUCGAUAUAUACACAGCAAGGAUAAACCAUUCAAAUGCACUGAUUGCGGAAAAGGAUUUUGCCAGAGUAGAACAUUGGCCGUUCACAAGAUUCUACAUAUGGAAGAAUCACCCCAUAAGUGUCCAGUCUGUGGGAAAAGUUUCAAUCAGAAGAGUAAUUUGAAAACUCAUCUUUUAACUCAUGCCGACGUACCUCAGGAUCUUAGGAUCGACAGCAGCACAUUUGGAAAUUCGAGGGUUACGAGUUCGACUACGUCGGUUAAACAAUUUCCUGAAAGAACAGGAAAUCUUAGAACCAAUCAAAGAAGCACUACGGCACUUCCCAAACUUGGAUUUAGUAUAGAGGAUAUAAUGAGGCGUUAAAAUUGAAAUAUUUAAUUCAUUGGGUACAUUUCUUUUUAUUUGCGUUAUUUUAAUCGGUUUUUGUUUCUUCAUGUUGUUGAACAACGCUAAAAACGAACAUUCUUUUUUGGGAUACGAUUUAUAG